AAUGUCGAACAAGCUCAUCAGCCAAAUGGGACUUCCCCCCUCCCUCUCCCACGUCUUCGCCGCUCGUAGUAUCAUCACCGCCAAGGACGCUCUCUCCCUCCCCGAGUUCGAUCUCAUGGCGCUCCUCGACGUCCCCCUCGCCCACGCUCGCUCCGCCGUGGCCCGCAUCAGCGAGAUCGCGUGCCCUCCGUAUCAAACCGCGCUUUCGCUGAUGGAGGAUCGCGCGGGGUCCGGGGGACACCUCCCGACGAUGCUUCGGGGACUCGAUGAUGCGUUGUGUGGGGGAAUACCUUUCGGGGCACUCACUGAGUUGGUCGGGCCACCUGGGAUCGGAAAAACCCAGUUCUGUCUAAAGCUCUCACUGCUAGCAACUUUACCUGCUUGCUAUGGUGGUUUGAAUGGCCGCGUCAUAUAUAUUGAUACAGAAUCCAAAUUUUCUUCUCGAAGGAUGAUAGAGAUAGGAGAAAAUAGUUUUCCUCAGAUAUUUCGAUCAGAAGGCCUGGCACCAAAGAUGGCUGGAAGGAUUAUAGUAAUGCGACCAACAUCAUUGUCUGAUUUUACUGACAGCUUACAACAGAUGAAACUGUCACUUCUCCAACAUGAAGUGAAAUUGCUUAUUGUUGAUAGCAUGGCUGCUCUUGUUUCAGGGGAAAAUGAAAGAAGCGAGGGUGGACCUGGGCGACAUCCUUUAAGAAGUUCGCUUUCAUUUCUCAAGUCCUUAGCUGAGUUUUCACGAAUUCCUGUUGUGGUGACAAACCAAGUGCGCAGUCAGAGUAAAGAUGAAGCUUAUUAUCAUACAUUUCAAGAGGAAAGGAAGGACAAUUGCCAGAAUUCUGAAAAGUUUGAGUCUCAUCUAAUUGCUGCUUUAGGAAUCCAAUGGGCUCAUGCUGUAACUGUUCGUCUUGUCUUUGAGGCUCAUUCAGGUCAGAAGUUCAUUAAAGUGGCAAAAUCGCCCAUGUCUCCAGCAAUAGCAUUUCCAUUUAUUGUGGAAUCAUCAGGGAUUUCAUUGUUAAGUGAUGAAGGGAUUGAUGUAACAGGGCCUGAAAUAAACACCAUCCGUAAUCAAGGUCAAAACAUUCUUUCUCAGUGAACUGACCAUUCUCUCAUCAAGAAGACUUCCAGAAGGCUUCUCUCUUAUAUGUAGGUGAGAUAUGAUUAUUGUGGGAAGAGGAUUUUGGCUACAGGGAUUUUCUCCUAUCUACAGAUCAUUUUGUAGAAGUUGCUUGUAUAGAGACAAUUACGGGAACAUUAAGUAGGUACAUGGAUAGGAUUGUAAAAUAUUCAGAAACACGUUCAGUGGAAAGGGAAAGGAAAAAUUCUUCAUGAACCAAUAUAUAGAGGAAGUGUCUGUACUCGAAUUUCUCCCCAGAAAUGACAAGAACAAUGCUUGGUUGACCUAGUGGUGAACUAGGGUUCUCUAUAGUGGAUUUAAUUUGGAAACGGAUAUUGGGACUUCAUUUUAUAAUGGUGCAUAUUGAAUAUUUUCACAACCA